CCAAGUCUCCUCUGGAUAUACCUCUUCUGUCCCUUUGACAACCUAACUUGUUCAUCUCUUCAAUGAAGUCUCUCCCUUCAAUCCUGGCGGUAGCCGCCAUACCCUCCCUGGCUUUUGGCCAAUCCUUCCAGUCCACCCCCGUUAUGGGUUGGAACUCAUACAAUCAAUUCUCAUGCAGUCCCAACAACAAGAGCAUCGCCGCCACCAUUGAAGCUCUCUCCAGUCGCGGUUUUGUCGACGCUGGCUACAAGUUCUUUCAGAUUGAUUGCGGCUGGGCCUCUCGCGAUACGAAGCGAGACCCUAACACGGGAGCAUUGAAGGUUGAUUCUAAUGCCUUCCCCGACGGGCUGAAGCCUCUGAGCGACUUGGCAAGAUCCAAAGGCAUGAAGUGGACCAUGUAUUCCGACGCUGGUGUACGCAUGUGUGAUCCUCAAGAUCCAUCCCCCGUGCUGGGAUCCUUGGGCCACGAAGCUGUCGACGCCGCGUUUUUCAAAUCGUUGAAUACAGAGUACUUGAAAUAUGACAACUGCUACGCUGAUAGUGCCAACAACAACGCCCCCAAGGAUCCACGAACAGACUUUGUCACUCGUUUCGGCACAAUGUGGACCGAAUUACAGAAAGUCGGUAUUCCCGGAAUGCUCAUUUGUCAAUGGGGUGUUCCAUACUCUUCAUCCAGCGGCCUCGAAGGUCCCGCGGAAUGGACUCAGGACAUAUCCACCUCUUUCCGCCUCUCAGACGACAUCGCCCAAGGCUGGAGCAACGUAUACCGCAUCUCCAAUCAAGCCAUCCAUAUCGCACACAGAAACCUCUCCGGGCCCGGCCACAUUGCCGACGCUGACCUUCUCGAGGUUGGUAACUCUGGCAUGACAUUCGACGAGCAGGCCACGCAUUUCGCUCUAUGGGCCAUGCUCAAGUCUGCUCUCAUGAUCUCGACAAACAUCACGGCGCUGUCGGAUCAGACUGUGGCUGUUCUUCAGAACAAAGACUUGAUCGCCAUAAAUCAGGAUGCAGCUGUCAAGCCUAUCAGCUUGGUGCAGCGAUGGACUGGCGAUCGAGACUUGUGGGCGGGACCACUUGUAAACGGAGAUGUUGCAGUUCUCUACGUCGACCUAAGCAAUAAGGCUCGAUCCCUCAGCCUCCAGCUGUCUGAUCUCGGGAUCCAGUCAGCCGACGUCAAGGAUCUGUGGACGGGCAAAACUUCUACUGGAGCUUCAUCUUUCUCUAAGCAAGUGAAUGGCCACGGCUCUGUCGCAUUGCGUCUCUCAAACAUCAAGAGAGUUAGUAGCACAGCCAAUUAUAAGUACACGUCUCUUUCCACCGGUUCGUUGUCCUCAGGUGCCAAAACUGCUUCUUGCUCUGGCUGCACCUCCUCGACCAAGGUCGGCAACCUCGGGGGCAGCUCCAACGGUCAGGUUGUCCUCUCAAACAUCCGCACAUCCAAGGCUACACAAAACGUUCUCUUCGAUUAUAUCAACGGCGAUGUGGGUUUCGGUGGUAGUACCAACGAGCGCCUGGCUUCCAUCAAGGUCAACGGCGGUACUGCGCAGACCGUGAGCUUUCCCCUGUCAGGUUAUAACUGGGACAAGGAUGUCUACAAGGGCUAUGCCGUCGAGCUUUCCGGUUUCAACACCAAUGGGCCAAACACUAUUACCAUUUCGGGCGUCAAUGGUGGCUGGGCACCUGAUUUUGACAGACUGGCUGUUAUUUCCUAGAGCCUUUAUUCCGUCGAAACUCAUGAGAUCUAUCAAGGCUUGUAGAGCUACCCUGGUUAGGUAGAAUCCUCCCUUGAGGUAUAAAGAAAUAAAUUAAGCU